AUGACAUCCUCCGGACAUUCUGUGGCGUCUGCCUCGCCGAGGGCCUCGCCCCAGAUUUCGCCACGCUCUUCGCACCCGCCGUCCAUCAGAUCGGUCGAAGCUCCGACCAAGUCGCCUAAAAUGAACGGUCUCAACGGACUGCCGGUUAUUCCCGCCGGCGCCGAUAGCCCUUUCCCGGAAAAGAAGACGGCGACAAAUCCGUCGGCAACCCUAGUGGAGAAGUACGGCAAGUGCCAAGAGAUUGUGGGGCGUGGCGCCUUCGGCGUCGUGAGGAUUGCCCACAAGAAGCUGGAGAAUGGCCUGGGCGAGAAGGUCUAUGCCGUCAAGGAGUUCUGCCGGCGGCCCGAGGAGACGGAGAAGAAGUACAGCAAGCGACUGACGGCCGAGUUUUGCAUCUCGUCGUCGCUUCGACACCCCAACGUCAUCCACACCAUCGACCUGCUCAAGGACUCCAAGGGCGACUACUGCGAGGUCAUGGAGUUCUGUGCCGGAGGCGACCUAUACACCCUGGUUCUGUCAGCCGGAAAGCUCGAGGUGCAAGAGGCCGAUUGUUUCUUCAAGCAGAUGAUGCGCGGAGUCGAAUACAUGCACGAAAUGGGUGUCGCCCACCGCGAUCUGAAGCCCGAGAACCUGCUUCUGACCACCCAUGGCGCCAUCAAGAUUACCGAUUUCGGCAAUGGCGAGUGCUUCCGCAUGGCCUGGGAGGCCGACGCACACAUGGUGUCCGGACUCUGCGGCUCGGCUCCGUACAUUGCCCCUGAAGAGUACACUGCCAAGGAGUUUGACGCUCGCGCCGUCGAUGUCUGGGCGCCGUCGGGAUGA